AUGGAGACCAACGAAAACGCGAAGAAGACACACAGAGACGACGAGGAAGAUAGUAAAGAAGACUUUAGAGAAAAAGCGGGAGUAUAUGCAUCAUCAUCAGCAGCACAACAACAACAACAACAACAGAAUCAAGAGCGAACGUUUACUCACGUGUUCGACUUAGCGGACAAGUACGCGCAGACGCGAAUAGCGCACGAAGAAAAGACAAGAGAGGCGAUGAUGUCGAUCGCGCGGGCGAGAUAUUCGCUCGGCGCGGUAGGAUGGGAAGCGGUGGCGAACGACGUGGAAGCAAAGAAAACAUCGGCGAAGUGCUGCGUCGCAAAAGUGACUUCUUCUUCGAGUGAUGAUGACGACGAGCGCGACGCGUUUCGAGCGGUGUUCAUCACGGACGACGACGACGAGGAGGAAAAAAAGGAGGGAGAAGAAGAAGAUGAGCAAACGACGAAAAGGAGUAAUAAUAAAAGUUUUGGAAGAAGAAGAAGAAGACAGAAAGCGGUAUACCAGGCGAGAGCGGUGAUUGAAAAGUUUCGCGAGUUGACGAAAGCGUCCGCGGAGGUGCUCUCGCUGAAAAGCGCUUUGGGAAGGGAAGUGGAGAGGUACGAGAGACAGUAUUUAACAGCAGCAGCAGCAGCAGCAACAGCGCGGUAG